AUGCCCGCUCACACUCCCGCAGACAGGAACCUCGUCCGCAUCGGCAAGGAGCGCGUCGAGAGCGUCUCCGCGACAGACUUCCCCGGUCACCACCCUGGCGAGAGCCACCACUGGGACCUCGACCACUUCCGCUCCAACCUCCGCGUCCAGGUCAACUCGCUCAGCCCGACAGCGCUCGAGUUCGACCUCGUCGGCGUCGAUGCGAGCGUCGCCAAUGCCCUCAGGAGGAUCGUGAUCGCCGAGGUCCCGACGGUCGCCGUCGAGAACGUCUACGUUUGGAACAACACGUCCAUCAUCCAAGACGAGGUCCUCGCGCAAAGGCUUGGCCUCAUCCCCUUGGCCAUCCACCCUCGCAAGCUCGACAUGAAGAAGACGCCGGACGAGCCGCCCACGGAUCUCAACACAGUUGUCUUCAGCCUCAUCGCGCGAUGUGAGCGGCGGAAAGACGUCAAGAAGGGCGAGACGGAUCCUCACAAGAUUUGGAGCGGCGUCGAAGUGCUGUCGUCGAAUCUGUCCUUCAGCUCGCGAGGAGGGCAGGACGAACUCUUCGGUGACCGACCGCCGAAGCCUGCUAUCGACGACAUUCUCGUAGCCAAGAUGCGCGGCGGUCAGGAAAUCGUGGCCGAACUGCACUGCGUGAAGGGUAUCGGCAAAGAUCACGCCAAGUGGUCCCCGGUUGCCACCGCCUCCUAUCGCCUCCUCCCGACUAUCGAUAUUCUCGCCGACAUUCCCCCCGAGCUCCACUCCAAAUUCGAGGCGUGCUUCCCGCCCGGCGUCAUCGAGCAGAGGGGCGGUCGCCUGGUGGUCGCAAACGCUCGGCGGGAUACGGUCAGUCGGGAAGUGCUGCGGCACCCGGAGUUCGAAGACAAGGUCAAACUCGGACGUGUGCGAGAUCACUUCAUCUUCAGCGUGGAGUCGGCGGGUCAAUACCGCCCGGAGGAGCUGGUUCCGGAGGCUAUCGACGUGCUGCUCGCCAAGAUCCGCAUGGUGCGAGAAUGUGCUCGCGCUUUGUUGUAG